AAGCCGAAUAGCGUCUUCUUGCAGGUCACGGAAAGGGGCGAGUGAUGAUGAUUGGUGGGGUGGGGGACGAAUCUUCAUUCGGCUUGUCCCGGAAUAACACGAGUUGGUCACGAAUGGAAUGAACAGAAAGUAGGAUUUACCUGUUACGUGGGCAGGCCAGAGGCAUUCCAUCUGCUCGUUCUUCACGUUUUACCAGAGUCCCCUUCUUGGAAUCUGAAAUGCAUGCAUCGAACAAACUAAAUGAGCAGUUGAAGGAUGGAAACUGACGACAACGUGCCACAAGAUGGCGCUGUGGCUAGGUCUUCCACAGAUACUGUAGCUGCCACAGAGGGAAGACAGCAGCAGGGGGGACAACCAACUACAACAUCAACACUAGAUGGCGCUGUGGCUAGGCAUUCCACAGAUACUGUAGCUGCCACAGAGGGAAGACAGCAGCAGGGGGGACAACCCACUACAACAUCAACACCAAAUGGCGCUGUGGCUAGGCCUUCCACAGAUACUGUAGCUGCCACAGAGGGAAGACAGCAGCAGGGGGGACAACCAACUACAACAUCAACACCAAAUGGCGCUGUGGCUAGGCAUUCCACAGAUACUCUAGCUGCCACAGAGGGAAGACAGCAGCAGGGGGGACAACCCAUUACAACAUCAACACCAGAUGGCCCUGUGGCUAGACCUUCCACAGAUACUGUAGCUGCCACAGAGGGAAGACAGCAGCAGGGGGGACAACCCAUUACAACAUCAACACCAAAUGGCGCUGUGGCUAGGCCUUCCACAGAUACUGUAGCUGCCACAGAGGGAAGACAGAAGCAAGGGGGACAACCAACUACAACAUCAACACCAGAUGGCGCUGUGGCUAGGCAUUCUACAGAUACUGUAGCUGCCACAGAGGGAAGACAGCUGCAAGGGGGACAACCCACUACAACAUCAACACCAGAUGGCGCUGUGGCUAGGCAUUCCACAGAUACUGUAGCUGCCACAGAGGGAAGACAGCAGCAGGGGGGACAACCCACUAUAACAUCAACACCAGAUGGCGCUGUGGCUAGACAUUCCACAGAUACUGUAGCUGCCACAGACGGAAGACAGCAGCAGGGGGGACAACCCAUUACAACAUCAACACCAGAUGGCGCUGUGGCUAGUCCUUUCACAGAUACUGUAGCUGCCACAGAGGGAAGACAGAAGCAGGGAGGACAACCCACUACAACAUCAACACCAGAUGGCGCUGUGGCUAGGCAUUACACAGAUACUGUAGCUGCCACAGAGGGAAGACAGCUGCAGGGGGGACAACCCACUACAACAUCAACACAAGAUGGCGCUGUGGCUAGACCUUCCACAGAUACUGUAGCUGCCACAGAGGGAAGACAGCAGAAGGGGAGACAACCCAUUACAACAUCAACACCAGAUGGCGCUGUGGCUAGGCAUUACACAGAUACUGUAGCUGCCACAGAGGGAAGACAGCAGCAGAGGGAACAACCCAUUACAACAUCAACACCAAAUGGCGCUGUGGCUAGGCCUUCCACAGAUACUGUAGCUGCCACAGAGGGAAGACAGAAGCAGGGGGGACAACCAACUACAACAUCAACACCAGAUGGCGCUGUGGCUAGGCAUUCCACAGAUACUGUAGCUGCCACAGAGGGAAGACAGCAGCAGGGGGGACAACCCACUACAACAUCAACACCAGAUGGCGCUGUGGGUAGACCUUCCACAGAUACUGUAGCUGCCACGGAGGGAAGACAGCAGCAGGGGGGACAACCAACUACAACAUCAACACCAGAUGGCGCUGUGGGUAGACCUUCCACAGAUACUGUAGCUGCCACAGAGGGAAGACAGCAGCAGGGGGGACAACCCAUUACAACAUCAACACCAGAUGGCGCUGUGGCUAGGCCUUCCACAGAUACUGUAGCUGCCACAGAGGGAAGACAGCAGCAGGGGGGACAACCCAUUACAACAUCAACACCAAAUGGCGCUGUGGCUAGGCCUUGCACAGAUACUGUAGCUGCCACAGAGGGAAGACAGAAGCAAGGGGGACAACCAACUACAACAUCAACGCCAGAUGGCGCUGUGGCUAGGCAUUCCACAUAUACUGUAGCUGCCACAGAGGGAAGACAGCUGCAGGGGGGACAACCCACUACAACAUCAACACCAGAUGGCGCUGUGGCUAGGCAUUCCACAGAUACUGUAGCUGCCACAGAGGGAAGACAGCAGCAGGGGGGACAACCCACUAUAACAUCAACACCAGAUGGCGCUGUGGGUAGACCUUCCACAGAUACUGUAGCUGCCACAGAAGGAAGACAGCAGCAGGGGGGACAACCCAUUACAACAUCAACACCAGAUGGCGCUGUGGCUAGACCUUUCACAGAUGCUGUAGCUGCCACAGAGGGAAGAGAGAAGCAGGGAGGACAACCCACUACAACAUCAACACCAGAUGGCGCUGUGGCUAGGCAUUCCACAGAUACUGUAGCUGCAACAGAGGGAAGACAGCAGCAGGGGGGACAACCCACUACAACAUCAACAACAGAUGGCGCUGUGGCUAGACCUUCCACAGAUACUGUAGCUGCCACAGAGGGAAGACAGCAGAAGGGGAGACAACCCAUUACAACAUCAACACCAGAUGGCGCUGUGGCUAGGCAUUACACAGAUACUGUAGCUGCCACAGAGGGAAGACAGCAGCAGGGGGGACAACCCAUUACAACAUCAACACCAAAUGGCGCUGUGGCUAGGCCUUCCACAGAUACUGUAGCUGCCACAGAGGGAAGACAGAAGCAGGGGGGACAACCCACUACAACAUUAACACCAGAUGGCGCUGUGGCUAGGCAUUCCACAGAUACUGUAGCUGCCACAGAGGGAAGACAGCAGCAGGGGGGACAACCCACUACAACAUCAACACCAGAUGGCGCUGUGGCUAGACCUUCCACAGAUACUGUAGCUGCCACAGAGGGAAGACAGCAGAAGGGGAGACAACCCAUUACAACAUUAACACCAGAUGGCGCUGUGGCUAGGCCUUCCACAGAUACUGUAGCUGCCACAGAGGGAAGACAGCAGCAGGGGGGACAACCCAUUACAACAUCAACACAAAAUGGCGCUGUGGCUAGGCCUUGCACAGCUACUGUAGCUGCCACAGAGGGAAGACAGAAGCAAGGGGGACAACCAACUACAACAUCAACGCCAGAUGGCGCUGUGGCUAGGCAUUCCACAUAUACUGUAGCUGCCACAGAGGGAAGACAGCUGCAGGGGGGACAACCCACUACAACAUCAACACCAGAUGGCGCUGUGGCUAGGCCUUCCACAGAUACUGUAGCUGCCACAGAGGGAAGACAGCAGCAGGGGGGACAACCCACUAUAACAUCAACACCAGAUGGCGCUGUGGGUAGACCUUCCACAGAUACUGUAGCUGCCACAGAAGGAAGACAGCAGCAGGGGGGACAACCCAUUACAACAUCAACACCAGAUGGCGCUGUGGCUAGACCUUUCACAGAUGCUGUAGCUGCCACAGAGGGAAGAGAGAAGCAGGGAGGACAACCCACUACAACAUCAACACCAGAUGGCGCUGUGGCUAGGCAUUCCACAGAUACUGUAGCUGCAACAGAGGGAAGACAGCAGCAGGGGGGACAACCCACUACAACAUCAACAACAGAUGGCGCUGUGGCUAGACCUUCCACGGAUACUGUAGCUGCCACAGAGGGAAGACAGCAGAAGGGGAGACAACCCAUUACAACAUCAACACCAGAUGGCGCUGUGGCUAGGCAUUACACAGAUACUGUAGCUGCCACAGAGGGAAGACAGCAGCAGGGGGGACAACCCAUUACAACAUCAACACCAAAUGGCGCUGUGGCUAGGCCUUCCACAGAUACUGUAGCUGCCACAGAGGGAAGACAGCAGCAGGGGGGACAACCCAUUACAACAUCAACACCAGAUGGCGCUGUGGCUAGACCUUUCACAGAUGCUGUAGCUGCCACAGAGGGAAGAGAGAAGCAGGGAGGACAACCCACUACAACAUCAACACCAGAUGGCGCUGUGGCUAGGCAUUCCACAGAUACUGUAGCUGCAACAGAGGGAAGACAGCAGCAGGGGGGACAACCCACUACAACAUCAACAACAGAUGGCGCUGUGGCUAGACCUUCCACGGAUACUGUAGCUGCCACAGAGGGAAGACAGCAGAAGGGGAGACAACCCAUUACAACAUCAACACCAGAUGGCGCUGUGGCUAGGCAUUACACAGAUACUGUAGCUGCCACAGAGGGAAGACAGCAGCAGGGGGGACAACCCAUUACAACAUCAACACCAAAUGGCGCUGUGGCUAGGCCUUCCACAGAUACUGUAGCUGCCACAGAGGGAAGACAGCAGCAGGGGGGACAACCCAUUACAACAUCAACACCAAAUGGCGCUGUGGCUAGGCCUUCCACAGAUACUGUAGCUGCCACAGAGGGAAGACAGCAGCAGGGGGGACAACCCACUACAACAUCAACACCAGAUGGCGCUGUGGCUAGACCUUCCACAGAUACUGUAGCUGCCACAGAGGGAAGACAGCAGCAGGGGGGACAACCCAUUACAACAUCAACACCAAAUGGCGCUGUGGCUAGGCCUUCCACAGAUACUGUAGCUGCCACAGAGGGAAGACAGAAGCAGGGGGGACAACCCACUACAACAUUAACACCAGAUGGCGCUGUGGCUAGGCAUUACACAGAUACUGUAGCUGCCACAGAGGGAAGACAGCAGCAGGGGGAACAACCCAUUACAACAUCAACACCAAAUGGCGCUGUGGCUAGGCCUUCCACAGAUACUGUAGCUGCCACAGAGGGAAGACAGAAGCAGGGGGGACAACCCACUACAACAUCAACACCAGAUGGCGCUGUGGCUAGGCAUUCCACAGAUACUGUAGCUGCCACAGAGGGAAGACAGCAGCAGGGGGGACAACCCACUAUACCAUCAACACCAGAUGGCGCUGUGGGUAGACCUUCCACAGAUACUGUAGCUGCCACAGAGGGAAGACAGCAGCAGGGGGGACAACCCAUUUCAACAACCCCCACUUACAUAGAUUGUACAGUGUCACAUUAUGACGUGUCCAACUCUCCUGGCAUGGCAGUCGGGGAUAGCAAACACCAAGGCUGUAUAUCUCAAGGGUGUCUGAGUGUCAGGAUCAACAAGCUCAGUGAUAUGUUUGUGGAAACCCAUGCUCUUGACAAAGCACAAGAACUUCUGAAAAGACACAACCACGUGGCCAUCUGUGGAGCCCCUGGAGACGGGAAAACUAGUGCAGCUCUCAGGGUCUGUGAAGCAUAUAUGAAGAAAAAGUAUCAAGUAUUGUUUGUUGAAAGUAUUGAAGAGUUUGACAGUGAUGUUGUCAUUGAACGAAAAUGUGACAUGCUGGUUGUGUUUGACGAUGUGUUUGGUCCUGUUACAUUUCCAAGCAGCUUGGAGAAGAUACACAGAGUAUUCAAUGCCUUGGUUGAUGUUUUACUGCGCUUUGCAAGAGACAAGGAAAUGACAGCCAAAGAAAAACAAACCAAGAAGAAACAUAACAAAAAUAACUACAAGCUUCGCUUUAUAUUCACAUCCAGAAGCUACAACUGGAAUGAAGGAUGUGCAAGACUACAUCAGUUCAAAGUAAAUCUGUUUAAGCCGGAAGCCAUGGUUGAUAUGAUCAAGACCUGUUUAACCAGUGACGAAAAGAAACGUAUCAUGGCAUUGUUCAGAAGCCAAAUGUGCGAUAUCUCCAGUAAGAACAUGAAAACCAUUACUCAGUUAAAAGACAGCAUGUUUGGAUAUCCGUUGACGUGUAAGCUGUACUUCACCAACCCAAUGUUCCAGAUGCACAGUCUUGUGGACUUCUUCCUGAAACCAUUGACCUACCUGAGAGGUGACCUUGACACCAUUGUUCGUGAAGGCAGCAGUAGAUCGGCAGCUCUGGUUCUCCUCGUCCUGUGUGGAGGGAAGUUGGACCUUGUUUCCUUCAUGAUGGGGACAGACGAGAAAGUCAGAGAUCUGCUCCACGUUGUAAAGGAGAAGGUAGCAUCAUGCACUGAUGCAGACAUCAGCAGAGAGAUCAGCAACUUUACCGGCACCUACUGCAUAGUGGAAAAUCAUCUAGCCUCCUUCUCACAUCCAUCCAUCCACGAUGCAGCAUCUUGUGCCCUGGGCAAUCUCAACAUUGUGUUAUUAGUAAAGCAUUGUUCUCUGCAGUUUUUAUACGAGAGAGUUCGACUGACCAAUACAACCCAAACUGAUGAUGUUACAAUCAUGAUCACGAUCACUUCCCGUCUUUACCCAUUACUGAUCAGCAGGCUGGUGGAGGGUAUCCGGGAAGGAUGCUUUAGAUGGACAGUAGGCCACCCUGUAUUCAGAAACGAUCAAUUAGCAUCCUCGCUGAUGACGGAACUGGCCAAUGACUUGCCUCACAUAGUUCACCAAAAGGACAAGACAUCUGGUGAAUGUUUUCUAUAUUGGGUUUCCCUGUCAAAUAAUGAUAUGUUGUUCAAAAGGUCACUCUUACUAAUAAGUAAGAAUGGAAAUCUUUCACCUGAAAUUGUGAUAGAUUUGAAUGACAGUGCCAUAGGUUGCGUGAAAGCUGGCAUUGUGAGGAACCUGCAACACAUUGUUGUGGUGCUGAAGAAGCAUGGGGAAUUUGAUGUAGACAGAAGGAUGCAGACAAACAAAACACAGCUCAUCAUUGCUGCAGAGGCUGGACACUUGGAUGUGUUCAACUUUCUAUUGCAAGAAGGAGCAAAUGUUUCAAUGAGGGACAGGGAAGGAUACAACUGCCUUCAUCAUGCAUGUCAAUCUGGAAACAAAGAUAUUGUCGAAGUUGUUGUUGAGAAGUUUCCAGAUAUGACUGAUGAUCCUGAUAGACUGGGAAACACAUCUGCAAUGUUGUGUGUGAUGUCAGGACACGAAGAGAUCCUCAAGGUCCUGGUGUCACACGGUGCUGAUCUGAAAGGGCGAGGUUAUUGUUAUUUACAUAAGGCAUGUGGAAGAUGUCAUAUAUCAAUUGUUAGAUAUUUGUUGUCUUAUGAAGAUAUCAACAUUAACGAAAGAACAAUAUAUCAACAGACACCAGUCAUGGUGGCAGCUGAAGCCGGACACUCUGAUGUUUAUGACCAUCUUGUGUCAGAGGGAGCUGAUCUCUCACUUACUGACACCAUGCACAGAGACUGUCUGAUGUUGGCAUGUAAGGGAGGAAAAAUGUCUAUAGUUAAUCAUCUCCUUUCUUUGAACACAUUCAACAUCAACAGGAGAGAUUUGUACAACUGUACAACAGUCAUGGUGGCAGCUGAAGCCGGACGCUCUGAUGUUUAUCACCUUCUUGUGUCAGAGGGAGCUGAUCUGUCACUUACUGACAUCAUGCAAAGAGACUGUCUGAUGUUGGCAUGUGAGGGAGGUGACAUGUCUAUAGUUAAUCAUCUCCUUUCUUUGAACACAUUCAACAUCAACAGGAUAGAUUUGUACAACUGUACAACAGUCAUGGUGGCAGCUGAAGCCGGACACUAUGAUGUUUAUCACCUUCUUGUGUCAGAGGGAGCUGAUCUCUCACUUACUGAUUACAGGGACAGAGACUGUCUGAUGUUGGCAUGUGAGGGAGGUGACAUAUCUAUAGUUAAGCACCUUCUGUCUUUGAAAACUUUCAACAUCAAAAGGAAAGAUAGGUUGAACCGUACACCAGUCAUGAUGGCAGCUAAAGCCGGACAUUCUGAUGUUUAUCACCUUCUUGUGUCAGAGGGAGCUGAUCUCUCACUUACUGUGAUAGGGGACAGAGACUGUCUGAUGUAUGCAUGUGAGGGAGGUAACAUGUCUAUAGUUCAGCACCUCCUGUCCUUGAAAACAUCCAACAUCAACAGGAGAGAUAGCUUUAACUGUACACCAGUCAUGAUGGCAGCUAAAGCCAGACACUCUGAUGUUUAUAAUCUUCUUGUGUCAGAGGGAGCUGAUCUCUCACUUACUGAUGAGAGGGACAGAGACUGUCUGAUGUUGGCAUGUGAGGGAGGUAACAUGUCUUUAGUUAAGCACCUCCUGUCUUUGAACAAAUUUAACAUCAACAGGAGAGAUAGCUUUGGGAGUACACCUCUCAUGAUUGCAGCUGAAGCUGAACACUCUGAUGUUUAUCACCUUCUUGUGUCAGAGGGAGCUGAUUUAUCUGGUGUUCACAAGUGUCACGGAAAGGGGCGAGUGGUGACGAAUGGUGGGUUGGGGGCGAAUCUUCAUUCGGCUUGUCCCGGAAUAACACGAGUUGGUCACGAAUGGAAUGAACAGAAAGUAGGAUUUACCUGUUACGUGGGCAGGCCAGAGGCAUUCCAUCUGCUCGUUCUUCACGUUUUACCAGAUGGUGCUGUGGCUAGGCCUUCUACAGAUACUGUAGCUGCCACAGAGGGAAGUCAGCAGCAGGGGGGACAACCCACUACAACAUCAACACCAGAUGGCGCCGUGGCUAGGCCUUCUACAGAUACUGUAGCUGCCACAGAAGGAAGUCAGCAUCAGGGAGGACAACCCACUACAACAUCAACACCAGAUGGCGCUGUGGCUAGGCCUUCCACAGAUACUAUAGCUGCCACAGAGGGAAGAGAGCAGCAGGGGGAACAACCCACUACAACAUCAACACAAGAUGGCGCUGUGGCUAGACCUUCUACAGAUACUGUAGCUGCCACAGAGGGAAGUCAGCAGCAGGGGAGACAACCCACUACAACAUCAACACAAGAUGGCGCUGUGGCUAGGCCUUCUACAGAUACUGUAGCUGCCACAGAGGGAAGUCAGCAGCAGGGGGGACAACCCACUACAACAUCAACACCAGAUGGCGCUGUGGCUAGGCCUUCUACAGAUACUGUAGCUGCCACAGAAGGAAGUCAGCAUCAGGGAGGACAACCCACUACAACAUCAACACAAGAUGGCGCUGUGGCUAGGCCUUCCACAGAUACUAUAGCUGCCACAGAGGGAAGACAGCAGCAGGGGGAACAACCCACUACAACAUCAACACCAGAUGGCGCUAUGGCUAGACCUUCUACAGAUACUGUAGCUGCCACAGAGGGAAGUCAGCAGCAGGGGAGACAACCCACUACAACAUCAUCACCAGAUGGCGCUGUGGCUAGACCUUCCACAGAUACUGUAGCUGCCACAGAGGGAAGUCAGCAGCAGGGGGCACAAUCCAUUUCAACAACCACCCACAACUACAUAGAUUGUAAAGUUUCACAUUUUGACGUGUCCAACUCUCCUGGCAUGGCAGUCGGGGAUAGCAAACACCAAGGCUGUAUAUCUCAAGGGUGUCUGAGUGUCAGGAUCAACCAGCUCAGUGAUAUGUUUGUGGAAACCCAUGCUCUUGACAAAGCACAAGAACUUCUGAAAAGACACAACCACGUGGCCAUCUGUGGAGCCCCUGGAGACGGGAAAACUACUGCAGCUCUCAGGAUCUGUGAAGCAUAUAUGAAGAAAAAGUAUCAAGUAUUGUUUGUUGAAAGUAUUGAAGAGUUUGACAGUGAUGUUAUCAUUGAACGAAAAUUUGACAUGCUGGUUGUGUUUGACGAUGUGUUUGGUUCUGUUACAUUUCCAAGCAGCUUGGAGAAGAUACACAGAGUAUUCAAUGCCUUGGUUGAUGUUUUACUGCGCUUUGCAAGAGACAAGGAACUGACAGCCGAAGAAAAACAAACCAAGAAGAAACAUAACAAAAGCAUGAAGAAGGAAGAUGAGAAGCAAUGUGAAGAUGAAAAGACACCAAUCUGUAACUACAAGCUUCGCUUUAUAUUCACAUCCAGAAGCUACAACUGGAAUGAAGGAUGUGCAAGACUACAUCAGUUCAAAGUUAAUCUGUUUAAGCCGGAAGCCAUGGUUGAUAUGAUCAAGACCUGUUUAACCAGUGACGAAAAGAAACGUAUCAUGGCAUUGUUCAGGAGUAGUCAAAUGUGCGAUAUCUCCAGUAAGGACAUGAAAACCAUUACUCAGUUAAAAGACAGCAUGUUUGGAUAUCCGUUGAUGUGUAAGCUGUACUUCACCAACCCAGGGUUACAGAUGCACAGACUUGUGGACUUCUUCCUGAAACCGUUGACCUACCUGAGAGGUGACCUUGACACCAUUGUUCGUGAAGGCAGCAGUAGAUCGGCAGCUCUGGUUCUCCUCGUCCUGUGUGGAGGGAAGUUGGACCUUAUUUCCUUGAUGAUGGGGACAGACGAGAAGGUCAGAGAUCUGCUCCACGUUGUAAAGGAGAAGGUAGCAUCAUGCACUGAUGCAGACAUCAGCAGAGAGAUCAGCAACUUUACCGGCACCUACUGCAUAAUGGAAAAUCAUCUAGCCUCCUUCUCACAUCCAUCCAUCCACGAUGCAGCAUCUUGUGCCCUGGGCAAUCUCAACAUUGUGUUAUUAGUAAAGCAUUGUUCUCUGCAGUUUUUAUACGAAAGAGUUCGACUGAGCAAGACUGAUUCUCUGCAGACAACCCAAACUGAUGAUGUUACAAACAUGAUCCAGAUCACUUCCCGUCUUUACCCAUUACUGAUCAGCAGGCUGGUGGAGGGUAUCCGGGAAGGAUGCUUUAGAUGGACAGUAGGCCACCCUGUAUUCAGAAACGAUCAGUUAGCAUCCUCGCUGAUGACGGAACUGGCCAAUGACUUGCCUCAUAUAGUGCACCAAAAGGACAAGACAUCUGGUGAAUGUUUUCUAUAUUGGGUUUCCCUGUCAAAUAAUGAUUUGUUGUUCCAAAGGUCACUCUUACUAAUAAUUAAGAAUGGAAAUCUUUCACAUGAAAGUGUGAUAGACCUGAAUGACAGUGCCAUAGGUUGCGUGAAAGCUGGCAUUGUGAGGAACCUGCAACACAUUGUUGUGGUGCUAAAGAAGCAUGGGGAAUUUGAUGUAGACAGAAGGAUGCAGACAAACAAAACACAGCUCAUCAUUGCUGCAGAGGCUGGACACUUGGAUGUGUUCAACUUUCUAUUGCAAGAAGGAGCAAAUGUUUCAAUGAGGGACAGGAAAGGAAACAACUGCCUUCAUCAUGCAUGUCAAUCUGGAAACAAAGAUAUUGUCGAAGUUGUUGUUGAGAAGUUUCCAGAUAUGACUGAUGAUCCUGAUGGACUGGGAAACACAUCUGCAAUGUUGUGUGUGAUGUCAGGACACGAAGAGAUCCUGAAGGUCCUGGUGUCACACGGUGCUGAUCUGAAAGGGCGAGGUUAUAGGUAUUCACAUAUGGCAUGUGCAAGAGGUCAUAGAUCAAUCGUCAGACAAUUGUUGUCUUAUGAAGAUAUCAACAUUAAUAAAAGAACAAUAUAUCAACAGACACAAGUCAUGAUGGCAGCUGAAGCCGGACACUCUGAUGUUUAUGACCAUCUUGUGUCAGAGGGAGCUGAUCUCUCACUUACUGACAUCAUGCACAAUGACUGUCUGAUGUUGGCAUGUAAGGGAGGAAAAAUGUCUAUAGUUAAGCACCUCCUGUCCUUGAAAACAUUCAACAUCAACAGGAGAGAUAGGUUGGGGAGUACACCAGUCAUGAUGGCAGCUAAAGCCGGACAUUCUGAUGUUUAUCACCUUCUUGUGUCAAAGAGAGCUGAUCUUUCACUUACUGAUGACAGGGACAGAGACUUUCUGAUGUUGGCAUGUGAGGGAGGAAAAAUGUCUAUAGUUAAGCACCUCCUGUCCUUGAAAAAAUUCAACAUCAACAGGAGAGAUAGGUUGGGGAGUACACCAGUCAUGAUGGCAGCUAAAGCCGGACAUUCUGAUGUUUAUCACCUUCUUGUGUCAAAGAGAGCUGAUCUUUCACUUACUGAUGACAGGGACAGAGACUUUCUGAUGUUGGCAUGUGAGGGAGGAAAAAUGUCUAUAGUUAAGCACCUCCUGUCCUUGAAAACAUUCAACAUCAACAGGAGAGAUAGGUUGGGGAGUACACCAGUCAUGAUGGCAGCUAAAGCCGGACAUUCUGAUGUUUAUCACCUUCUUGUGUCAAAGAGAGCUGAUCUCUCACUUACUGAUGACAGGGACAGAGACUUUCUGAUGUUGGCAUGUGAGGGAGGAAAAAUGUCUAUAGUUAAGCACCUCCUGUCCUUGAAAAAAUUCAACAUCAACAGGAGAGACAGGUUGGGGAGUACACCAGUCAUGAUGGCAGCUAAAGCCGGACAUUCUGAUGUUUAUCACCUUCUUGUGUCAAAGAGAGCUGAUCUUUCACUUACUGAUGACAGGGACAGAGACUUUCUGAUGUUGGCAUGUGAGGGAGGAAAAAUGUCUAUAGUUAAGCACCUCCUGUCCUUGAAAACAUUCAACAUCAACAGGAGAGAUAGGUUGGGGAGUACACCAGUCAUGAUGGCAGCUAAAGCCGGACACUCUGAUGUUUAUCACCUUCUUGGGUCAAAGAGAGCUGAUCUCUCACUUACUGAUGACAGGGACAGAGACUGUCUGAUGUUGGCAUGUGAAGGAGGUAAAAUGUCUAUAGUUAAGCACCUCCUGUCCUUGAAAAGAUUCAACAUCAACAGGAGAGAUAGGUUGAACCGUACACCAGUCAUGAUGGCAGCUAAAGCCGGACAUUCUGAUGUUUAUCACCUUCUUGUGUCAGAGGGAGCUGAUCUCUCACUUACUCAUUACAGGGACAUAGACUGUCUGAUGUUGGCAUGUGAGGGAGGUAAAAUGUCUAUAGUUAAGCUCCUCCUGUCCUUGAAAACAUUCAACAUCAACAGGAGAGAUAGGUUUGGGAGUACACCAGUCAUGAUGGCAGCUGAAGCCGGACAUUCGGAUGUUUAUCACCUUCUUGUGUCAGAGGGAGCUGAUCUCUCACUUACUGAUGACAGGGACAGAGACUGUCUGAUGUAUGCAUGUGAGGGAGGUGACAUGUCUAUAGUUAAGCACCUCCUGUCCUUGAAAACAUUCAACAUCAACAGGAGAGAUAGGUUUGGGAGUACACCAGUCAUGAUAGCAGCUAAAGCCGGAUACUCUGAUGUUCAUGAUGUACUUGCGUCAGAGGGAGCUGAUCUAUCUGGUGUUAACAAGUAAUGGAGAUCACCUACCUGUAUAAAAGAACCUCUAACCAUUGAAAAUGUUUGACAUAAAGAUGGGGAAUUGAGAAUGAAACGUCAGGUAUGGUUGCAGAAAACCUCCUGAUCUGUAUGUACUCCAGACUUUAACCUGUUAUCUUUUAUCUUAUCCUGCAUUACUACUAAAUGCAAUACCUGCUGACAUUUGACAGAAGCGAGCUGUGUGUGGUCCAGGCAAAGAGAAAAAGUUGUUCCAACCAACCUGAUGCAGGACCAAAGCGCAGUACCCUGGUGGCCCCGGACGCGAUGAUGUCAAACAACUGCACAUUACUGCUUGUCACAGGACAGACAUGUUGCUUCAGUAAAUCAUCCAGUGUGAUUUUCUGUCUUUGGUGCCUUCUUGUUGUUCCAAUCCACCAUUUUGACUUUCUUUACGUGUUUUCGUGGCAUAUGUCUUUCAGUGUGGCGUGGUCAUGUUACAUGUUAAAUUCAUUUAGGCUCAAAUACCUUUCAAGUGUUUUACACUUUCUUAUUGUACUGUUUAAUCUAAAUUACACUUUGUGUUUAUUCCAUUAACUUGGAUAAUCUCGGAUCAUUCUGUCUUCAGGUUCAAUUUAUGAUUGCUCAUGGUAUCAGUUGCCUUGAUUAAAAAUCUUUAACACAUCCUCACCGACGUUGCCUUAAUUAUGCACAUAUUUGUACUAUUGAUUUGAUGUGUGAUUAUUGUACGCCCUUUCAAGCUUUCACAGUUAUCAGGAGGUCUCAUGUCUUGCUCAGCAGGCCCAGUGGCAUUCCAGGAGAUUGUCAGAAGGUGAUCUGUUCUCAAUAUCUUGUAUGGCCACCAUUAGAGUCUAGAACUGACUGGCAUCGUCUUCCCAUGGAAACAAUCAGAUCCUGAAUUGUGGCCUGGGAAAUGUUCACAUGCAAAUGAAAACCCAACGUGUUUAUAGCCCAACAAGUGAUGUUGCAUGUGCAUGUCAUGCUGCUGUGUUUCGGCGAUUGUGUUUGUUGUUUGUCGCCAGUCUGCAAUAUUCCAGCUGUAUCAUGGUGGCUUUAUGGAGAAAUCUGUCUCCACGCAGAUCGUAGACAUCUACCGUUUUCAUGAAUCCCAUGAUUAUGAGUGUGGUGCUGUCAAAUCAAGGAUCCCUAUCUGAAUAGAAUCGUGUAAUUGAAUCAUCCAAGCAUGGAUAUUAUCCCAAACUUGAUUUUCAAAUGAUGCCUUUUGUGCCAACUGGCAAUGAAUUUGACUACAUUACAAUACCAUUUGUAUCCAGAGCUUACACAAUUUUGUUGAAAAUUACAAUAAUUUAAUAGGUACAGCGAAACCCUAUUAUUAUUCUCCGCCACAAAGUGGAAGGGGGAUAUAGGAAUGGGUGCUGUCCGUCCGUCUGUCUGUCACAUUUCGUUUCCGGAACAGAUCUUCAAAAAUGUUCUGUACUUCUUCAACAAACUUGGCACAUAGAUAGGUCUAGUGGUGAACUGGUGCCUUUUGAUAGUUUGGAAUUUAAAAAAAAAAAAAAAAAUUCAAGUUUCCAUGGCAACGACUUUUACAUAGA